GCCGGUACCGGGGCGAUGGCGGGGCCGGGGCCGGUGCUGGCGGCCGUGGCUGCGGCGGGGCUGUGGGCUCGGGGAGCGGCGGGCGGGGAGGUGUCGGCCGCGGCCGCGCGUCCCGGGGCGCUGGAGGAGGAGAUCGUGUCGGAGAAGGCGGCGGAGGAGAGCCACCGGCAGGACAGCGCCAACCUGCUCGUCUUCAUCCUGCUGCUCACCCUCACCAUCCUCACCAUAUGGCUCUUCAAGCACCGCCGCGCCCGCUUCCUGCACGAGACCGGACUCGCCAUGAUCUACGGGGUCCUGGUCGGCGUGGUCCUGCGCUAUGGCAUCCAUGUACCCAGCGAUGUCAACAACGUGACGCUGAGCUGCCAAGUGCAGACCAGUCCUGCCACACUGCUGGUGAACGUCAGCGGGAAGUACUACGAGUACACCCUGAAAGGGGAGAUCAGUGCCCAGGAGCUCAAUAACGUCCAGGACAACGAGAUGCUGAGAAAGGUGACUUUUGAUCCUGAAGUGUUCUUCAACAUUUUGCUUCCUCCAAUUAUAUUUUAUGCAGGCUACAGCUUGAAAAGGAGGCACUUCUUCAGAAACCUGGGAUCCAUCCUGGCUUACGCCUUCCUUGGCACUGCAAUUUCCUGCCUGGUGAUCGGCUCUGUCGUGUAUGGCUGCGUGGCGCUGAUGAAAGUCACUGGGCAGCUUGGGGGAGACUUCUAUUUCACUGACUGCCUCCUCUUCGGUGCCAUUGUAUCAGCUACUGACCCAGUGACUGUUCUUGCCAUAUUCCAUGAACUCCAGGUUGAUGUUGAGCUGUAUGCCCUGCUCUUUGGCGAGAGCGUCCUCAAUGAUGCCGUUGCCAUAGUGCUGUCUUCCUCAAUUGUUGCGUACCAGCCGGCAGGUGACAACAGCCACACAUUCGAUGUCACAGCAAUGUUCAAGUCCAUCGGGAUCUUCCUGGGGAUAUUCAGUGGCUCUUUUGCAAUGGGAGCAGCUACCGGAGUCGUGACAGCUUUAGUCACCAAGUUCACCAAACUUCGGGAGUUCCCGUUGCUGGAGACAGGCUUGUUCUUCUUGAUGUCCUGGAGCACGUUCCUGCUGGCUGAAGCAUGUGGCUUUACAGGUGUGGUGGCUGUCCUCUUCUGUGGGAUCACACAGGCCCAUUAUACCUAUAACAACUUAUCUACAGAGUCCCAGCACAGAACUAAGCAGUUGUUUGAGCUGCUGAAUUUCUUGGCAGAAAACUUCAUCUUCUCCUACAUGGGACUCGCGUUGUUCACCUUCCAGAACCACGUCUUUAACCCUACCUUUGUGGUGGGGGCUUUUCUUGCUAUCUUCCUAGGAAGAGCUGCCAAUAUUUACCCACUGUCAUUUUUAUUGAAUCUGGGGAGAAGAAAUAAGAUUGGAACAAAUUUACAGCACAUGAUGAUGUUUGCUGGGCUGCGAGGAGCCAUGGCAUUCGCCUUGGCCAUCCGCGACACAGCCACGUACGCCCGGCAGAUGAUGUUCAGCACAACGCUCCUCAUCGUCUUCUUCACUGUGUGGGUUUUCGGCGGGGGCACCACAGCCAUGCUGUCCUGCCUGAAUAUCCGAGUUGGUGUGGAUGCGGAUCAGGAGAAUGUGGGUGUCCCAGAGAGUGAGAGGAGGAGUACGAAGGCAGAAAGCGCCUGGCUCUUCCGCAUGUGGUACAACUUCGAUCACAACUAUCUGAAACCUCUGCUGACACACAGCGGGCCCCCCCUGACCACCACACUGCCAGGGUGCUGUGGGCCCAUUGCCCGGUGCCUGACGAGUCCACAGGCGUACGAAAAUCAGGAGCAGCUGAAGGACGAUGACUCUGAUCUCAUUUUGAACGACGGGGACAUCAGUCUGACCUACGGGGACUCCACUGUCAACACCGACUCCGUGGCAUCCAGCGGCACAUCCCGGCGCUUCGUGGGAAACAGCACUGAGGAUGCGCUGGAUCGGGAGCUUGCUUUUGGGGAUCAUGAACUUGUAAUCCGAGGAACGCGCCUGGUCCUCCCCAUGGACGAUUCAGAGCCCCCAUCAAACAUCCUGGAUAACGCAAGGCACGGUCCAGCAUAAGGUUGCUUGGUUUGAUUGACAGUAAUAGUUGCAUAUAUGAUCCAGAAAUAUGUACUACCUAAAGUCUAAUGCAUGUCUGAAAUGUCUAAGCUGUAUAAAUAUUAUUUAUAUGGUGUCAGAAGAAUAUAAAUAUUCUCUGCCAAGCACUUGUAAAGAACAAGCUGCAAAUUUAAGUUAAAACUGUGUUGACUGCACUGUGUAGGGUGGAACUGUUUUAGCGUAAGAGUCUUUUGCACACAGUGAGCUUCUUUAAUGUGUGAUUUGACAAAGGAUUUAGUUCCCAUUGGGGUGAGUAAAGGAGCUGACUCCCUGUUCAUCCUUUGUGGCAGGGAGAGGAGGGUAGGGGAGAGGUGAGCGCUGGAAAUCGCUUUCUGUUCACAUGAGGAUUGUUACCUUUUAUUUUGGUCUCAGAUCUUUGGGUAGUCACGUUUGAUGUUUGAGCCAGAAAUAAGCCACGCACCCUCUCACCGUGAUAAACUUGUUAUAAACUUGUUCACUUUGUGGGAACCUGAGCUGAGAUGUGGAAACCUCCUGCUUUUUGGUGCCCUGCUUUAUUUAGCAGGCUAAUGGCACGCCUUGGCCAAAGGGCUGUGGGUGCCUGGCUGCUCGGAUGGGAGCAGGAGGGAGGGAUGGUUUGUGCCUGUGGUCGUGUAGAGGAGAAUGAGCUGACCCCACCGGUUUUAGGGCUGAGUCCAUCUUUCAGCUGGGGCUCAGCCCACCAUCAAAUCCUCAACUGGCAACGCCAUUCCACGUUUUGGGAAGUGACUGUGUCUUUGUGUGCGCCCAUCUCUCCUCCUGCAGUGAUGGAUGUAGCUGACAUGUGCAGGGCUGCGCCCCAUUGGCCGUGGAGCUUGGCCAGCCUCAAACAGAAGCUUUACAGCUACAGAUUGACACGGUACCUCCGGCCCUCUCCAGAGCCAUUCACUGAGCAUCGAGGUGGUACUUGAAGGGGAGCUGCCCAUCCGUCCUAUUGUAGAGUCAAAAACCAGUGCACUUUGUGUCAUAACUCCUUAGCAUGCUGCGUGUCCGCAGUGCCCACCCAUCUCGCUCGUGUCUCUUGCCAUUGAAUGAGAAAUGUUUGCAAGUUGAUGGUUUUGGGGUUUGAGUUUUCAUUUUAAUUCUCCUUUUCCAAGGAAGAGCACAGAACAAUUGCCGAUUCCACACUUGUGUUAAAGGAUUUACUCUGUCGCUAUGGGAAGUGGCUAAAGGUGCAGUGAAAUUAACCCUGACAUCCUUCUUUUUCUCCUGACAAGGGGGAAUCACAGCAAUUUCCUGUAUGUAAUGUUGUCUGGUUUAGCUCCAGUUUGGCUAUACAAACCAGUUAGGGUUACUGGUGCACUACAGGCCUGUUCUGGAGUUAACCCUCUUCAGAGGGCUUCAACAGAGCUGUUUAAAAAGAGAAUAGAUGGAAAAGAGCCGGGUGAGUCCAAGCACUCCCAUUAGGUUUCCUGGGAGCAAACUGCAUCUCUCAGGAUGCGACCUUGAGACCUCACAGCAGUGUCUCCAUCGCUGUUUUCCCCAGCACCACCUGAGAGCUGGAGGAGACAGGAAAUUCCAAGUGUGUGUGUAUAUAUAUACAUAUACAGAUAUACACUUGAAAUGUAUAUAUAUGUAUAUAUACACACACUAUAUAUAUAUAGUUGAGAAAAGAAACUUACACUUUCUGUUUGCUUUUUCAUUUUCUCAGGUCUCAGUAACAUUGCCUUAAAUUGAUGGAUGUAAAACUGAAUGAUUUUGGCAGUUUAACCCCAAGAAAAUGCUUUCUUUUUCCUUCUGAACAAAACAUCUCAGUGUUGCCAUAGGACUCCUCUAAGAAGGGGGGAGGCUCUGUUAAUAUAUACAUAGCGCAUCUUCCUUGCACCGGUAAGCGGCAGUCUUCACUGUUAACAUAGCUGUUGGAUUAGUGCUAGCCUCUUUGUUUCCUACUAUGCAGGAAUUCCAUAAAGUGUGCAUUUUCUACGAUGUCUGUAACUUAACUUCAUGUGUUUAAAAAAAAACAACCCAAAAAGUAAAAAAAAAAACCCAAAAAGUAGAAAACCCCCAUAGUAGGUACCUGUUGCCUUUAGGUUCACUGCAUCACUUCGACAUCCUGUUCCUUUGUUCAGUUUGCCUUUUCACAGAGGUAUGAUAAAGAACUACCUCUUGGGUUUUCCUGUGGCAUCUGGCUGUGAAUUCCAUUUACAAAGCUGGUGCUGGUGCAGGAUGGUUCUGCUCGGGUUCUGUGAACUUAAGAUCCAUAGAAGCAGGACUGUUGUGAAUAGUUCCUGGUGCAGGAAUGGAUCUAAGCUGAAAUUCAGGAAUGAUUUAAUAAAUGACUUGGAUUCCUCCUCAGCUGGGUUUUUUCUUUAUCCUGCUGCAGCAGAGAACACUUGAGUGCCUGGUUUCCAGAGGCACUGAUGGGUUGUGCUGCAGGUGAAGUUAAGGGUACCUUGAAGACCUUUUGCCAAAUGGUUAAGACAGCCCCGAGGAGGCAGUCACAGCACCCACAAAGAAGGUGCCCUUCUGUAAAUUGAGUCUUCAUGGCUUUUUGCACACGAAAAAGCAUUGUAGGUAAAGUUCUAAUAUGUCCUGGUACUGUCGAUGUGUGUGCUAAUGGCAUUAAUUCCGUAGUUGUGGUGUUUGUGCAGCUGAUGUGUGAUAGCUGAUGAUCACUGUUGGACCUUCUGUUUACACUGACUAAAUCCUUUCCUGUUGCGUUGUACUGUGAAAGAAGGAUUAUAGGCUAUAAAAGAUGAUGAUGAUGAUUAUUUUUUCUGGA